AGGAACUGAUCAGAGAUGAGCAGCAGAGAAAUCCAUCCAGAGUCUGAUACUAGGAUGGCUCUGAGAGCUAAGCUCCUAUUUAGCGUCCUCUGCCAUGUGGCCUGUACUCUUGUGUAUGGCUAUCCCACUGAUCCUGGAACUGAGUUCCGCUCCGCGUUCUCUGUGGCUAGAACCAGCAGCAUGGAAGGGAGUGUUGAGAUGGUCAUCACCUUUGACAAGGUCUAUGUGAACAUUGGCAAUGACUUUGAUCCCAAGACUGGGAUGUUUAGGUGUCGGAUCCCUGGGGCCUAUUACUUCUCCUUCACAGUUGGGAAGUACCCCAAGAAAAACUUGUCGGUCAUGCUGAUGAGGAACAGGAAUGAGGUGCAAGUGAUAGUGUAUGAUGAGCAUCACCGGAAAGAGCGGAAAGUGGCUAGCCAGAGUGCCAUGCUGCAGCUGGACUAUGGAGAUACAGUCUGGCUGCGUUUACAUGGGGACCCUAAGUAUGCCCUCUACAGCAAUGUAGGCCCAUACACAACUUUCAAUGGGUAUCUCAUCUAUCCAGAUACCUCGGCCUACUUCCAAAAUGGUGUGGUCUCUCAAGAGCUGGGGGGAGUAGUAGGACUGCCCCAUCCAGCCAUUCAUCAGCUUUCAGGAGAGCAGAAUGAAGCCUCAGAAGGACAUAUGUUGUCCGAUCAGCCAGCCAGAGAACACGACCCUCGCUCUGCAUUUUCUGUUGCUCGCUCCCAAAGCCUCUUGGGGACAGAUGAGAAGCAAACCCAGCAUGAGCCAAUCACAUUUGACACAGAGUUUGUGAACAUUGGAAAGGAUUUCAAUUCCUCAAGUGGCAUCUUCUUGUGCCGCGUGCCAGGCGCAUAUUACUUCUCCUUCACCAUUGGCAAAAUGCCUUUUAAGACCAUGUCAGUGAAACUUAUGAAAAAUCACAAUGAGGUUCAGGCCAUGAUCUAUGAUGACAACCACUCCAAGAGGAGGGAGAUGCAGAGCCAAAGCAUUAUGUUACCUCUGCAUUACGGCGACACUGUCUGGCUCUACAGCCACCAGCAUGAUGGCUACGGUGCCUACAGUAACCAUGGCAAGUACAUCACCUUCACAGGGUUCCUUAUCUAUCCAGAGGCUCAGUCAAAGCCACCCCCAAGUCCCAGUUCCCCCACCAAGGUAAAAAAUCGAAAUGCAGGUGUGAAAGGAACAUAAAAGAAGUCAAGAUACAGUGGACUUGGGUGCAGGUCCUGGUUGAACAUCAACCUCUACUUGACAAUGUUAAAGAGCAUGCUAAUAUGUGUCCAGUGCUUUCUUUAUGCUGCACGCUCGUGUCCUGACUGCAGGUCCAUUGCUGUUUCUGUCAUUCAUCUGUAGAAUGAUCUUUGCAGGGUAUAGUGUGUGUCCAGUGUUACCAUUCAAUUUAAGCAUAAAGCAUGAGGUAGUUUGGGGGCAAGAGCAGUGAAAUUAGGUGUGAUUCAGGGAGCCACUGCAAAAAUGCUGGAAGACUGACCGAAGACAACUCCACCCAGAAGGCACAGCAUCUGGUGACAUCCAGAGGAGGCCUGGGGGAGGAAAAAUGUAACUGAAACCAACGUAAUAAAAAUACAAAAGAAAAUGUGCAAAGUUUGCUGAGACACACUUUUUGUAUAGGUGCAGGACUUGUGUUUAUAGCUUGUGUGUAUACCUGCCUGCCACACUGAUUCUGGUUGGGAGAGAGGUUCUGUGAUUGUGUGAAGUACUUUGUGUUUGUAGUAUUGUGGAGACUGUUAAACAGAGUUAGACUGUAUAUCACUGCACCAGAGCGUUUGUGUUUUGUGGGAGGCCAGAGAACUGGAGGUGGAGGACCAAUGUUGCCAUUUAUUGUGAAUCUCAUAGUAUAAUAGCUGGUGUUUUGCUUAAAGCCUCAGUUGCUAGAAUCCACAGACUGUAAAUCCCAGCUUUCAUAACAGCCCCUCCCACCAGUAAGUCUCUAGUUCUUGUAGUUAUGGAGAAAAGUUUGGAAAAAAAAAACUAUGCAUGCCAUAAAAGCUUCUAAUCAAGAAGGCAAGUAAAAACAACCCAAAAUGUGUAUUUUUAAAAUCUCCUGAUUUGUGGGGUGUCCAGCUCACGAUUUUUUAACUUUAAGGGAUGGUAAUAUACAUGUAUGUAUGGCUGUAUAAUGUGAUACUGAUUGUACUGAACUGUACCACUGCCAAGAAAUGGGCAUUCUUAAUAUUAUGGUAUGGCUAGUCUUCAUAAUACAACAUUUUGUUUC